CAGAAACCUGCAGGGCCGUGUGACGUCUCGAUUUUACCGUCGACUGCCCCUCGUUCCCCGCCAUCGGCUUCCCCACUCCGAAGAAGGACCACUGGUUCAGGGCAGAUCGCUCGGGUUGACUCCGAAGGUGAAAAGAGGUCAUUCAUCAAGGGUGCCUCUGCUCCCCAGUACCCAACUCGCGAUACUGCUCUACGCGCAACCAUCGAGAUCCAUCUAUCGAUCCCUCAGCAACAUGUCGCCCCCUGCAGACAUAACAGACCGCGACGCGCUUACAUCGCGCAUCGUCCCUUCAAUGACCCUCAGCACCGGGAGCCCAACAUCCAAAACCGCCCCGCCGACCAACCCCAUCGCCCAAGACGCAGCCACCGGCGCGCGCCAGCGCUUCUCCGUCCCGGGAAAUGCCGUCGUCACCGGCGGAGCAGGAACACUGGGUCUGCGCUGCUGCGACGCCCUCCUCGAGCAUGGCCUGACCGGACUGAUGAUCUUUGAUAUCAACCCGGCGGAAUCAGAAAAGGAGAUCCAGGCUAUGCGGACCAAAUUCCCCGGUGCGACGAUUGCGACUAUGGCGGUUGAUGUUACGGACGAGGGGCGGGUUGCGGAGGCGAUGGGCGAGACAGCGAGGGUGCUGGGGAGUAUUGAUCACCUGCUUUGUUUCGUUGGUGUUGUGGGUUGCGUCGAGACGCUGGAGAUGCCCGUCUCGCAGUGGCGGCGGAUCCUCGAUAUCAAUACGACGGGGUCGUUUAUCUGCGCGCAGGCGGCCGCGAAGCAUAUGGUUGAGCAGGGAAAGAACAUACAAGGCCCGGGAGGGGGCGGCUCAAUAACAUUCAUCGCGUCGAUAUCCGCACACCGUGUCAACUACCCACAGCCACAGGCCGCCUACAACGUGAGCAAAGCCGCGCUGCUGAUGCUCAAGAGCUGCCUUGCGGCCGAGUGGGCGCGGUACGGGAUCCGGACCAACACCGUCAGUCCCGGGUACAUGGAUACGAUUCUGAAUGAGGGGGAUGGGCUCACCGAGCACAGACGUAUCUGGGCCGAGAGGAAUCCGUUUGGGCGGAUGGGGACGCCGGGGGAGUUGACGGGGGCUGUUGUGCUGCUUGCAAGUGAGGCGGGGAGUUAUAUCAAUGGGGCGGAUAUUGUGGUUGAUGGCGGUGGGAUUCUGUUCUAGGGGUUUGUCUGGAUCGUUGCAGGUUUUCUAUGCUAUUAUUUUGGAUUUCGCACAAUUCACUAUGUUAUGCUGGUACAACUCGCAAGCUGCUUGAUUCGCAUCCCCUUGACUACGCAGUCAUCCCUCUAUGUCUGGUUGGGAGCCUAGAGCCUAGACUAUACAAUAGGUCGUUCCCAAAACAUCCUUAGGGCCUUGGGGUGUUUAGGAUAGAUCCGGUAGAGAGGGAAAGGUAC